GUGCGCGCUCACGCUGGCUAUUGUGUUUUUUUUUAUUACCAGGAGACCACCGUGGGCCUUGCUGGGGUAACGGAGCGGGUGACCAGCUGAAUAAUAACUAGGCGCUUUAAAAAACCAUGGCGGACGAACAAGAAAUAAUGUGCAAACUGGAGAAUAUCUUGGAAAUACGAAACAAGACGAUCCAGAUGCAGAAGAUCAAGUCUCGUCUAAAGAUGGAGUUUGAGGCCCUGGAGUCUGAGGAGAAGCAUCUAAAAGAAUACAAGCAAGAAAUGGAUCUCCUUCUGCAAGAGAAAAUGGCCCAUGUUGAAGAGCUGCGCCUCAUUCAUGCAGAUAUUAAUGUGAUGGAGAGCACCAUAAAGCAGUCAGAGAACGACCUGAAUAAACUACUAGAAACAACUCGUCGCCUUCAUGAUGAGUACAAACCUCUGAAGGAGCACGUUGAUGCACUUAGGAUGACCUUAGGUCUGCACAGACUUCCCAACUUGAACGAAGAGGAGGAGAAGCUCUCCCUGGAUUACUUUGAAAAGCAGAAGGCAGAGUGGCAGAAGGAGCCACACGAGCCCGCCAUCCCAGAAUCUCUUGCUGCGGCUGCAGCAGCUGCACAACAGCUUCAGGUGUCUAGGAAGCAGGAUGCCCGGCAGACAGCCACCUUUAGGCAGCAGCCGCCACCCAUGAAGGCGUGCCUGUCCUGCCACCAGCAGAUUCACCGUAACGCUCCCAUAUGUCCACUGUGCAAGGCCAAGAGCCGCUCCCGCAACCCAAAGAAGCCCAAAAGGAAGCCAGAUGAGUAGAUCCUUCUCACACCUUCAACUUCUCGGUAGGGUUUAAACUGCUCCAGUCCACUGAUCUUGGAUCAGACAGAUUUAUUCCUCUACAUGACUGAAAUAAAAAGCUCUGAACUUCAGGACCACUUCAACACAGUCUCUGUUCUAGUAAAUAACUUUAGUACUGUCAGCGAUUAAUUCUGGAUAUAUUGAUGUCAUAUAAGUUGUCUGUGUUUAUCAUCGCUUUGGAUGUGUUUACUGUAUAUGUAACUGUAUGAUGUCCAUCGUAGUUUACUAGGUUCUGAAUAGUGUAAUGCAGUAAUGCAAAGUGAACUUGUCCAAAUAAUGUUGCCAUUGCUUCUACUGUUUGCCUUUUAUUAUCUUGUUGUAAUCAUUAUUCGCAGUGCAUGCCAUGACUGUUGUGUAGUUUUUGUGCCAACAUAAAAUGGGUUUAAUCUCCGAGUUAAAUGCAGAUACACCAUUGUUUUACGUUUACAGUGAUCAAAAUGAAAGAAAAAAAAAACUAGUAACAUGUUUACCUUUAAUACAACAAAAUGAAAUAAAUUGAUGUUUUGUACUAA